AUGAGAGGUGUUGCGAAGAAUUAUUGCUCAACUUUCCUCGGUUUCCUGCAACUCUACGCCGUCGUUGCCGUGCGUGUGCCGGUUGCGUACCUCCCAAACCUGCGCACCGCCCCUCCAAAAGAGCACCGGGGCUACGAGUCCCUUACCGUCCAAUGGGGUGAUCAACAUGAUUAUGAAGUUGUGAGGAAAGUAGGGAGGGGAGUAUACAGCGAGGUCUUUGAAGGAAUGAAUCUCAAAACAAAUGAGAGCUGCAUAAUCAAAAUGCUUAAGCCUGUGAACAAGAACAAGAUUGAGAGGGAGGUUAAGAUUCUUCAGAACCUUUGUGGGGGCCCGAAUGUGGUUAAGCUUCUUGAUAUUGUCCAAUAUCAGCACUCUAAAACUCCGAGUUUGAUUUUCGAGCAUGUUAGGAGUACAGAUUUUAGAGUUCUCUACCCGACAUUGACGGAUUAUGACAUCCGAUACUACACAUAUGAACUCCUAAAGGCAUUGGACUACGCUCAUUCACAAGGAAUAAUGCAUAGAGAUAUUAAGCCUCAGAAUAUUAUGAUAGACCAUGAGUUGCGAAAACUCCGAUUGAUAGACUGGGGUGUUUCCGAAUUUUACCAUCCUGGCAAGGAGUAUGAUGUUCGUGUCGCAUCUAGAUACUUUAAAGGUCCUGAACUUCUAGUUGAUCUGCGCGAUUACGACUAUGCCUUGGACAUGUGGAGCCUUGGUUGCAUUUUUGCUGGAAUCAUAUUUCGGAAGGAACCUUUCUUUGAUGGUCACGACAACCAUGAUCAGCUGGUGAAAAUUGCGAUGGUACUUGGGACAGAUGAGUUGAAUGCGUAUCUGAAUGAAUAUGAUUUAGAGCUUGAUCCUCAACUGGAUGAGUUGGUUGGGAGGCAUAGCAAGAAGCCGUGGUCGAAGUUUAUUAACGCAGACAAUCGGCAUCUAGUUUCUACGGAGGCUAUUGAUUUUGUGGAUAAACUUCUUCGGUAUGAUCAUCAAGACAGGCUGAGUGCAAAGGAAGCAAUGAGCCAUCCGUAUUUCUCCCAAGUGAGGGCAGCAGAAAGCAGCAGGUAG